CAGAGAGGAUAUUACUAACAUUUCUUACGAAGCUUCAAAUAAAUUUAAAGAUGUCAGCUAUCAGGGCUGAACCAGGAAAAUCUGGUACAACAAAUGUCAGUUUUGUCUGUCAAAGAUGUCAGCAACCUUUGAAAUUAGAGAAAUCUUUUUGUAAUGUAGAUCAAACUCUUUUCACUGAUCUGUCAGCACCAUUAACAAGAACUAUCAAUGAGCAAGAUGAAACCUUACAAAUUUAUAUCAGGUCUGACCAACAGCCUGUCGAUUAUGAAGAUGAUGAAAAUAUUGUAAGAAAGAAAAUUUCCUCAGACAUCUGUGAAGAGUUACAAGCUAGUCAUGACUUUACAUUAAUAGGUGAAACUGGACCAGGCAGUAUGGAAAAUCUCAGUCAAAGAUUGAAGGUGACAGCUAUUUUGUUUGACAUAAUGUCUGGUCAGUCUGAAGUUGAUCAUCCACUUUGUGAGGAAUGUACAGACACCUUAUUAGACCACUUAGAUAAUCAGCUGAAGAUCACUGAGGAUGAAUGUCGAGAUUACAGAGAUUUUUUAACACAAUUAGAUCAUGAAAAAGAAGAUAUAAAUGAGAAAGCUUUGGAUGAGGAGUUAAAACAGUUAAAAUUAGAAGAAGAGACAUUAUAUAAACAACUGGCCCUAGCUGAGAAUCAGCAAGAUGAAGUCAUGUCCAAAUUGAAAGAAGAAGAAGAAAACUCGAGAUUAUUAGAUGAAGAAGAAGAAAAAUAUUGGAAAGAAUAUAAUGAGUAUAAAAGACAGGCUACAGAAUUAGAUGAUGAACAGAGAAGUAUUGAUAACCAACUAAGAUAUGCUCAAACACAACUUGAUAAGUUAAAGAAAACCAAUGUUUUUAAUGCCACAUUUCAUAUCUGGCAUAGUGGACAUUUUGGUACUAUAAAUAAUUUUAGACUUGGUAGAUUGCCCAGUGUUCAAGUUGAAUGGAAUGAGAUUAAUGCUGCAUGGGGUCAAACAGUUCUAUUACUUCAUUCUUUAGCAAGGAAAAUGAAUCUAACUUUUCAAAGGUUCAGAUUAGUUCCAUAUGGAAACCAUUCCUAUUUAGAAUCAUUAAUGGAGAAAAAUAAAGAACUGCCUCUAUAUGGCUCAGGUGGUGUAAGGUUUUUCUGGGACACAAAGUUUGAUCAAGCUAUGGUUGCAUUUUUAGAUUGUCUGCAACAGUUUAAGGAAGAAGUAGAACGAGGAGACACAGGAUUUUGUUUACCAUAUAGAAUGGAGAAAGGAAAAAUAGAAGAUUCAAACUCUGGCAAUUCUUAUUCCAUUAAAAUACAGUUUAAUUCAGAAGAACAGUGGACCAAAGCUCUGAAAUUUAUGCUGACAAAUUUGAAAUGGGGUUUAGCUUGGGUUUCAUCUCAGCUCAUAUCAGAUAAAUAG